UUGGCGUCUCUGAGCCAAUCCAGAAUUCAUUUAUUCUGGUUCUAGCUCCCUCUAAGUUCCCAACAAGAAUUUCUUGGACGGUUUUGCUAUGACUUGCCCACUUGGCAAGUCCUCUGAGUGGGUUGUGCCGUCAAGCCCAUGUUUUCCGAGGUGUGCAUUAACAUUGGGUCCUUGCUCUGUCCUGAAAUUGAAUUGUGAGCACAGAGAUUUUCAGUAGCAACCUUGCUACUUCAGUUGAUUCUUUCGGAAUUUUAGAUACUCUCUAUAUGGAAAAUGGAUAUGUUUUGCAUGACUUCCAAAAGAUCUCACACUCUCACCUGUGCUGGCAACAGUACAUCUUCAGAAUCUUAUCUCACCAAGAUGGCAACAUCAAGGUAAAACAAUGCAGAGUCAGCCAAAACAAUCUGUUACCCAAGGCCAUUUCACUCAGACAUCUUUUCCUCUCUGUGGAAAGCACUGCUGAACACCUCUUUCAGUCUUCUUUACUCUUUCCCCAGAAGGCCAGAGGAGCAUAGGACACACACUGACAGGGAGCAGGCAGAUCAGAUUCCAUCUUUCCAAGCAACAUCACAUCUUCUGCAGAAAGGCAUCAGAAUGCAUACCAUCUGGGCUCUUUCUCCCCCCCUCCAAAACCACUCAAAUAAUCCUGAUCUACAUGUUCAUGGAUUCCAGGCAGCCUCCCUUUGCUUUCCAAUCACCCCAGCCAUGCAGCACCAAUGCCCUUUCCUCAAAAUGUACUGGCUGUUUGGUCCAACCAGCAACAUCCUUUAUUCACAGCUUCUGUUAGGCAGGCCAGACCCAUGAACAUUCUUUAAGGUGCAUUCUACAACACACACAGCGCCUUCCCCCCUGAACUUUUGAGUGCAUAGAUCCUCUGCAUAACAUGUGGUCAUUUGAAGCAUCAAGGCCCUCAGUGCCUGUCAUUUUGGCUCAACAGUGUGCACUAAUCACUAGACAAUUAUUGCCUUGUCAUCCAUGUCUUCAAAGUUGAAACUCCAGGAAGCCAUAUCUUCAACAGACAAUCCAAUUUCAGGAGGGCACUGCAAGCAGCUUCUUCCAUCAGCGUUCCCUCACCACCAGCUCGGCCUCGGCGGCUCCCCUCCGCCGUGGUUCCUCGCCGCCGCCGGUGGGGAGGAGGAUGAAAACGAGGAGAAGAUGGACAUGCUGUGGGAGGACUUCAACGAGGAGCUCGCCAGCGCGCCGCCGCUGUGCCCGCUGAGCCCUCUGAUCAACAAGGGAGGGCUGGCGAUGAAGGAGGAGGCGGCCUGGCGCGACGACGAGCUGAUCGUCGUCGAUCUGGAGAAGCGCAUCAAGCACCUCCAACAUCCACAGGACGGCAGGGUGGUCCGGCGCCGGCGGUGGAGCCUGGUGCUGAUGCUCAGGCUGCUCAAGAAGCUGUUCCUGGUCAAGAAAACCAGGAACCCGAGAACUGCACCGAUUUGAUCCUCAUCAGAUUGGGCUUAGGCUGUUACCUCCAAGAACAUCAAUGGCGAGUUAUAUAAAAUAUACAGAUUAUGUUUUGAUUAAUCGAUAGUGUGCGUGACAUUGAUCUGUACAAGUUUGUACUUGUUUGUGCUCUCACAAGGCAAAUAGCCCUGUGUUCUUUUUUGCUCAAAAGUGUGUUUCUUAUCAUCAGUAUAAAUAUAAACCUAACUGCCUGUUAGACUUUGCAUUUUGGUA